AUGAGCGAUGGGGGGACGCCAGCCGGCGGUGGCGCCGAUCUCUCGCUGCAGACCAUCAUGGAGCAGCAGCGCAUCAUCGACGCCCUCCGCGAGAUCAUAGCCGCGCUGAAGACGCGAGUUGCCACCCUCGAGGCGGCCGCCAAGGCGCAGCCCCCUGGCAUCACCAACAGUGGUGCUGCUUCUGCUGCGGUAAGUGCCAAUACAGUUACUAUUACCGAACACGCGGAGGUGGUAGAGCGUCUGAACGCCACCGUUGCGCAACUGACGAGUGAGCGCGACGCGGCGGCGGCGGAGUGCACGGCGCUGCGGGCCGCCGCGGUGGAGGGCGA